AUGAUUAAAAAAGACGGACGCACUCUCGCCGACUACAACAUCCAGAAGGAAUCGACGCUUCAUCUCGUGCUACGUCUCCGUGGUGGUGCUAAGAAGAGGAAGAAGAAGACUUACACCAAGCCGAAGAAAAUCAAGCAUAAGCAUAAGAAGGUGAAGCUCGCUGUUCUUCAGUUUUACAAGAUUGAUGGAUCUGGGAAAGUUCAGCGUCUGAGGAAAGAGUGCCCUAACGCUACUUGUGGUGCUGGUACUUUCAUGGCGAGUCAUUUCGAUCGUCAUUACUGUGGUAAGUGUGGUCUCACCUACGUUUACCAGAAAGAGGGUGGUGACGAGUGAUCUGUUCUACUGGUAGAUCUCUCUCUAUCUCUCUCUCUUUAUCCUUAAAAACAGCAUUUCGAUUUCGGAACUUUGUAAGCUUUUUUGUUGUUUAUGGAUUCAAAAUGUUGAACAUCGUUUGCUUCUGGAUUAUGAAUGAUUAAAAGUUUUAGGUUCUUUAUGAAUAUUUUAUUAUGCUG